AUGAGCUUGAAUCUGAACUUGUCGGCUUCCCUCAACAUUUUCCGGCUAUUGGCGAAGCCAUCACUUUGUCUCCCUCAUGCGACAGUAGCAACUUUUGAUGACCUGCCUAUUCCCCUAAACAAGGCGUUUUCAGCAAGGGAAAAGUCCGUCGAUAUCAGAGCAAUUCACCGUUUUGAAGUCUUGCGCGCUGCUUAUCCUGGUCGCUGUCUUCUCAUAGUGUCCAACACAGCUGGCGCUACCAGCUACGACCGGGAUGGCUCUCUUGCUGCUGCCGUCGAAAAAGCUACUGGCAUCCAUGUCCUCCCUCAUUCGGUGAAGAAGCCUGGCUGUGGUGAUGAAAUCCUGGCCUACUUCCAGCAGCACCCUGAGACUGGCGUUACUGGGCCUCAUCAGAUUGCUGUUGUCGGCGACCGCCUAUUUACCGACAUGAUGCUGGCCAACAUGAUGGGCAGUUGGGGCAUUUGGGUUAAGGAUGGCGUUGUUCCGUUACAACAAAAAAGCAUCUUUGCGAGGGUAGAGAGAAAGCUUGCUCCCUGGCUGCUCUCCCGUGGUUAUGCCUCCACAGACCCCUCAAGCCCAUUUGAUUGA